AUGCCUGCAAAAACGGGAGGUAUGGGGAAUCGAACCCCAGACUUCUCGGCAAAGCGAGCGCUCUACCCCGAGCUAUACCCCCUUGUGGACUUAUUGGCACAUCCAGCACACAUCUACAUCGAAGUUAUGCCUGCAAAAGAUACUGGAGGUAGAGACAAGAGACUACUGGAGAUGAAAUAUACAUUCGCUCGUUAUUCUCUUACAAUUCCUUCAAUCCCGGAGAAUAUCAUCGCAUCACUUCGUCAGUGGAAUGAAUGGAUGGUUGGUGACGGUGAACGUGGUGCUCUGACGCCGCGCUCAUUGUUGUCCAGUGCAAAUAUGCUUCGACAACAGAGUGAUACCACGGGAAUACGGCGACUUGUCAGAGGCGUGGCCAUCGAAGACGAUCGACCGGAGACUAGCCAGUUGACAUCGACGAUGUCGCCGAAUCUGCAGCGGCCGACUCGGCACAUCCGGAAAGUGUCGUCACAACGAAGUGAAAGCUACAUGCAACUGAACCAGUAUCGAUUGAUGGAGGAAAUUGGACAGGAUUCGUUUUCGUCUAGUACAAUGAGAAAAAAGGGAUCAUAUGGGAUUGUUAAACUUGCCUACAAUGAAGAGGACAGAAAUCUGUAUGCAAUGAAAGUUCUUGAUAAGAUUAAACUACUGAAAAAUUUCGCGUGUUUUCGACCGCCACCAGCACGAAAGUCAAAACCCCCGCCUUCCACGCAUAAGAAUCCUCUGCAACUCGUCCAAAAGGAGAUUGCCAUCCUAAAGAAAUUGAGCCAUCCAAAUGUGGUGAAACUUGUUGAGGUUCUGGAUGACCCAAACGACAACUAUCUCUACAUGGUUUUUGAAUUUGUGGAAAGAGGUAGCAUACUGGACGUGCCUACAGACAAGCCACUGGACGAAGAUAAUGCUUGGAAAUAUUUCAGAGACACACUGCGAGGACUUGAGUACUUGCACUACCAGAAAAUCAUCCACCGUGAUAUCAAACCGUCCAAUCUGCUUUUGUCGGAUUCCGGUCAUGUAAAGAUAGCUGAUUUUGGUGUCUCUUGUGAAUUCGAAGGAAUUGACGCGUUUCUCUCCGGAACGGCCGGGACGCCUGCCUUUAUGGCUCCGGAAGCACUAACAGAAGGGUCAAACCACUUCUAUUCUGGUCGUGCUCAAGAUAUUUGGUCUUUAGGUAUUACACUAUACGCUUUUGUUAUUGGAAAGGUGCCUUUUUGGGAUGCGUAUGUGAUAGCGCUGCAUCGAAAGAUCAAAAAUGAUCCGGUGGUGUUUCCGGAAGAGCCACAUCUAAGCGACCCAUUGAAGGAUUUGAUCCUCGGAAUGCUGAAGAAAGAUCCGGGGCAUCGAUUGUUGUUACAGGAGGUCAAGAUCCAUGCGUGGGUCACCCGGCGUGGUACGUGCCCUAUGCCGUCAGAGGAGGAGAAUUGCCAUUUGGUUACAGUAACAGAUGAAGAGAUCGAGAAUUGUGUGCGAGUUAUCCCGCGCCUCGACACUCUUAUACUUGUCAAAGCGAUGGGACAUAGAAAACGUUUCGGGAAUCCAUUCAGAAGUUCGAAAACUUCAUUGCGAGACCGGCGGAAGUCGAAUUCUGUGAAGGACCCCACGUAUUGCCCACCCCCAACAAUUGCCAACGGGGAGGCCAGACAUGACUCCAACGGACUUGACGUACCACUGUCGAAACUGCAUUUAUCGCCAGAAACCUAUCCGACGAAAGCGGCGUCAGCUCGUCAAUAG